AAGCGUCCUGCUGACGUCAGCUUUCUCUUCCGCCUGUUUGUCUGCUGUGAGGCAGGCAGUCCGCUCCGGCUUCAUCCCGUGAAAGAAUCCGUCGCCAUCCGCGAAAAUGGUGAACUUCACGGUAGACCAGAUACGUGCCAUCAUGGACAAAAAGGCGAACAUCCGUAAUAUGUCUGUCAUAGCCCACGUGGAUCAUGGAAAGUCCACUUUGACAGAUUCGUUGGUGUGCAAGGCUGGCAUUAUUGCCUCUGCCCGUGCUGGUGAGACACGGUUUACUGAUACUCGUAAGGAUGAACAAGAGCGAUGCAUCACCAUCAAAUCUACUGCCAUAUCCCUGUUCUAUGAACUGUCUGAGAAUGACUUGGCUUUCAUCAAGCAAAGUAAAGAUGGCUCUGGCUUUCUCAUCAAUCUGAUUGACUCACCAGGCCAUGUUGACUUCUCCUCUGAGGUCACAGCUGCUCUUCGUGUUACUGAUGGAGCGCUUGUUGUUGUGGAUUGUGUGUCUGGGGUGUGCGUACAAACGGAAACUGUGCUUCGUCAGGCUAUUGCGGAGCGUAUCCGCCCUGUCUUAAUGAUGAACAAGAUGGACCGUGCACUUCUGGAGCUACAACUAGUACCAGAAGAGUUGUUUAAUACAUUCCAACGUAUUGUGGAGAAUGUUAACGUAAUCAUCUCCACCUAUGGUGAAGGAGAGACUGGCCCCAUGGGAAACAUCAUGAUUGACCCUGUUCUUGGAACUGUUGGCUUUGGCUCUGGACUGCAUGGCUGGGCUUUCACCCUGAAGCAGUUUGCCGAGAUGUAUGUGGCAAAGUUUGCUGCAAAGGGAGAGGCUCAGUUGGCACCAGUAGAGCGGGCAAAGAAAGUGGAAGACAUGAUGAAAAAGCUGUGGGGUGAUAGGUAUUUUGACCCAUCUAAUGGAAAAUUCAGCAAAUCUGCAACAAAUGCUGAAGGCAAGAAACUUCCAAGAACCUUCAGUCAACUCAUUCUGGACCCCAUAUUCAAAGUUUUUGAUGCCAUCAUGAACUUCAAGAAGGAUGAGACUGCUAAAUUGAUAGAAAAACUGGACAUUAAGCUAGACAAUGAGGAUAAAGACAAAGAGGGCAAGCAAUUGCUAAAGGCUGUCAUGAGACGCUGGUUGCCUGCUGGUGAGGCACUUCUGCAGAUGAUAACCAUCCACUUGCCUUCACCUGUGACAGCCCAAAGGUACCGCUGUGAGCUCUUAUAUGAGGGGCCUCCUGAUGAUGAAGCUGCCAUGGGUGUCAAGAACUGUGAUCCCAAAGGACCCCUGAUGAUGUACAUCUCUAAAAUGGUGCCCACAACAGAUAAGGGCAGAUUCUAUGCCUUUGGGCGCGUGUUCUCUGGUGUUGUUUCUACUGGCCUUAAAGUUAGGAUUAUGGGACCAAACUAUACACCAGGAAAGAAGGAGGACCUGUACCUGAAGCCCAUUCAGAGAACUAUUCUGAUGAUGGGACGGUAUGUGGAGCCAAUUGAGGAUGUACCCUGUGGCAACAUUGUUGGUCUAGUGGGAGUGGACCAGUAUUUGGUGAAGACUGGAACAAUCAGCACUUUUGAACAUGCACACAACAUGCGUGUCAUGAAGUUCAGUGUGAGCCCUGUUGUUCGUGUUGCUGUAGAAGCAAAGAACCCUGCUGACCUGCCAAAAUUGGUUGAAGGUCUGAAGCGUCUUGCUAAAUCUGACCCUAUGGUACAGUGCAUCAUUGAAGAGUCCGGAGAACACAUCAUUGCAGGAGCUGGAGAACUACACUUGGAAAUCUGUCUGAAAGAUCUGGAAGAGGAUCAUGCUUGCAUUCCAAUAAAGAAAUCUGAUCCAGUUGUGUCUUACCGUGAGACAGUAAGUGAGGAAUCAAACCAGCUGUGUUUGUCAAAGUCUCCAAACAAGCACAACCGUCUGUACAUGAAAUCUCGUCCUUUCCCUGAUGGCUUGGCUGAAGAUAUUGAUAAAGGUGAUGUGUCGUCACGUCAGGAGCUCAAGACUCGGGCUCGUUACCUGACUGAGAAAUAUGAAUGGGAUGUUACAGAAGCUAGGAAGAUUUGGUGUUUUGGUCCUGAUGGAACUGGACCAAACAUACUCGCUGAUGUCACCAAGGGAGUCCAGUACUUGAAUGAAAUAAAGGACAGUGUAGUGGCAGGCUUCCAGUGGGCCACCAAGGAGGGUGCCUUGUGUGAAGAGAACAUGAGGGCAGUUCGUUUUGAUGUCCAUGAUGUGACCCUUCAUGCAGAUGCCAUACACAGAGGAGGUGGACAAAUCAUCCCAACUGCCCGUCGCUGCCUUUAUGCUUGUGUACUAACUGCUCAGCCUCGCCUCAUGGAGCCAAUCUACCUUGUGGAGAUCCAGUGCCCUGAGCAAGUCGUGGGAGGAAUCUAUGGAGUCUUGAACAGAAAACGGGGUCAUGUGUUUGAGGAGUCACAAGUUGCUGGCACACCAAUGUUUGUUGUUAAAGCUUACUUGCCUGUCAAUGAAUCAUUUGGUUUCACUGCUGAUCUGCGAUCAAACACUGGUGGCCAAGCCUUCCCUCAGUGUGUGUUUGACCACUGGCAGAUUCUUCCUGGAGAUCCAUUUGACACAACAACAAGGCCCUGCCAGGUUGUUGCUGAAACCCGUAAAAGAAAGGGUCUUAAAGAAGGUAUCCCGGCCUUGGAUAAUUUCCUGGACAAGCUGUGAUCCUCCUAUGGCAGCAUGAAAAUCAGCUGGAGAUAUGGACUUAAAAUGGCAAAAGUCAGCUUUCUCAGUAUGGCCCACCUUUAUUUUGCAACUUACAGGAGAUCUGUUCCUCAUUCUAAUGGCCAGAAUUUUCUUCUCCCAUCUUGGUGCCGUAACACUCAUAUUUAUUAGGAAAUCUGUUCUGGGUUUAUCACCCCUGUUCAUUUAAAAGAUUAGGUCUUUGAAUCAGAAAUGUGAAUAUAAUGGGGCUGUUCAGGGGUGUCUGACAAACAAGAUUGGGAAUCCUGUACUUUCACAGCAUGAAUAUCAGCAUUGUAUUAGUGCCAUUAAAUACUUAUAUUUCA